ACUGAAGUAACUCAAUUGUUUACGAGGAUAUCUCUGCGAGUACUGUUUAACAUUUGUCUGAUUUUUGCGUCUUUAGAAAAUGUCGGCAAAAUGAGGAAACAAGAAGAAACUACUAGAUCGGAACGGAAAUUCAGCUGGAGCGCCGAGCCGGUCCUGUCCGACGACCUGAAAGAGCCCAUCCCUGAAAUCGACGUAUUCGUAGCCGAAAUCACGGACAGGAAACAGACGAGCAAGUUAGUCCAGAACUUGAACAAAGUGCUACCGAUCCAAAACCUCCGACAUUUGAAGAGGAUGAAAGGCUCCCAGAUCCUGAUCAGCCCCGUCUCCGAGCGAUCUCCCAGCGAGCUGACAGACCUCAUCUCGGGAAGCGGCCUGGAUUUUUCAGGGCUGUCCCUCAGUUUCACGAAACUCCCGGUCGCGUCCCGCCAGCCCCUAGUCCGAUCCCAGUUCCUGGCGGCGAACCAAAAAUGGCCGUGCAACUUCCACGAGAACAAGGCGCUGGAAAAGAUGAUCCUCGGCGAAUAUUUUUCGCCGGCCGAGAACGCCGCACACGAGAGGUUCAUGAGUACGGCGCUAGAUGCCGCUAAAAGCGUUGGCGACGGUGGUUCCCGCGUCGGUGCUGUGAUAGUCGAUCCCGCUAAGAAGGAAAUCGUGGCCGUUUGCGGAGAUUCGAGGAACCGGAAUCCGGUUCAGCAUGCGGCAAUGGUGGUUGUCGACCUCGUUGCGAGGUCGCAAGGGGGUGGCGCUUGGCCUGUCAACCCCGGUGAUUAUUUUCUACCCCCGACGCCCUCGGAAGACGCCCCAUCGGAAUUCGUGCACAAGAAACGGAAAAUCUCAGACGAUCUGGAAGCUUCACCGAGUUCCGGUGGUGAGGCGCCCAAAGGCCCCUAUCUAUGCACUGGCUAUGACGCCUACCUUACUAGAGAGCCUUGUGUUAUGUGUUCGAUGGCCCUUGUUCAUAGUAGAGUUAGAAGGGUGUUCUAUGGCGCCCCAAGCGAAAGGGGUGCCCUUGGUACCAUGACGAAAAUCCAUCUAGUCCGAGCGCUCAACCAUCAUUAUGAAGUGUUUAAAGGUGUUAUGAAAGAAGACUGUAAGCAAUUGGAAUGUCCGAGCUAGCGUGUAAAGUUUUGUAAAUAUUUUGUACUCAAUAAAAUUUUAUUUGACCUUUUUAA